UCCUCAUCAUGGCCUCCAAAAAUCCGCCGCUGCUUCCGAGAAUGAGCACGAAAAGACUAGCCGUUGGCCCUUUCCUUCCCCGCGCGGAAAUGAACAACGUCAAGCCGAAACAGAGGCACCGGUAGAGGUGUGCGCGCCGGGGGAUAAAGCCUCCGAGCUCAUGCCACCCCGGUCUCCUCGAUGUCUUCGUCAAAAGCCACGUACAGCCAUUUGACAAAGAGGGGUGCGAACCCCGGCCGCGGCGGCGACAGAAACAUGAACAGGGAUUUUUCUGUCAAUCUAUCAGUGCAGCAAGUGCUGAGCCUCUGGGUACAAGGCACGACGCUGCAACAUUUCACAGAGAUGUGGUACUGGGUGUUCCUGUGGUGUCUCUUCUCCUCUCUCUUGGUCCACGGGGCGAUGGGCCUGCUCAUGUUGGUCAUGUUGCAGCGCCACAAGAGGGGUCGCCUCAUCACCUUGGUCCUGGUCAGUCUGGGUUUCCUGACCUCCCUGGUUGGAGGGGUCAUCACCAGUGCGGCGGUGGCGGGGGUGUACAGGGUGGCAGGGAAGGACAUGGCCCCCCUCCAGGCCUUGGUGUUUGGAGUGGGCCAGACCACCCUCUCUGUCCUCAUCUCCUUCUCACGCAUACUGGCCACCCUCUGAAGAGAUGACCCUUCCACACAGAUGGACAGAGACUCACUGACGGAUGGAUAGAUAGACAGACCCACACACACACACACACACACAGGAAUGGAGGGAGCGACUGGGCACGUGUGGGAGACCAUGGUUCACAUCCUACCAGUUUCACUCGCCAGCGACCCUAAACAACACAGCCAAUGUGUGAAUUGUGGUGUCAGUUAACUUCAUGUUGUAUUUGGAGGAAAAUAAACACAGUAAAUUAGCUGAAGACUGUGGUGUCCCAGCAGUUGCAGACAUUUAGGGAGGGAUGCCGAAGAGAUAGUACCCCCCCCAGUGGCUGUGUUCUGCCACUGCUGCCCUCACUAGAUCCCCCUCUGCUGCAGUACGACAUGGGACGUCAAUGCAGGUCUCAGUUCUGUGUUCAAGAAGCACUUCAAAAGGCUCCCCACCAGGUGGCGAUGUCCCCAGCCUCCGUCAAGUGUCGAGUCAGUGAAACCACAUCCUGGACCGAAGGCAAUGUCUUGGGUAUUUUCAGAAUUGUCAGUUCUAUGUGCCAAUGGCCUCUGGGACUUACCUCCAGGGUUGUCAAGAGAGAUGCUUUCAUGGCCAUCUCCACAGACUCUCCUUGAAGGUUUUCUGAUGCACUUGUAGUGGGAAAACCACCCACAUUUUUUUUUUACAGUAAAGAAAAACGACAACAACCUGUAUUUAAUUGUACACUUAAUAGCCUAUGGUCCUUGAAGUGCCAGGGUAUGUUGAUGAGGGCCAUGGCCAGAACAGAGAUGGACCUUUUGGAGACCGAUCGUCAUUCUGACAUGAGAGGAUAUCAGAGAGGAUGCCAGACAGGAUGUCAACCCGAACUACCUUUCAGUGUUAAAAACACAACAACCACAAAACGACUGGUUCUUCUGACUGUGGACAUCUUUAUGACUAUUCCUUCUUGUAAAGUUCUUUGACUAUCGCAGCAGUGUUUCUGUUGACAACAUACUCCUACAUGUUUAUUUUUUAGGGGAAAGAAUGAAAGAACAUGACAAAUGGCUUAAGCCUUUCUACUUUCUAAAUGUUGCAGAUCCCCCUUUGUUUACCUAAAAAAGGUGUCUGAAUAGGGAACGUUGUUCAGGUGCCGUAGUUCAAGGUUACUAAGGAGAUAGAACCACUAUCUCUGUUUGACCUUUUGUUAAUUCGUGUCUAGACCUGUCCAGGUUGUCCAACAUACUCUGAGGCAAUAGCAACUCUGGCCAUGAAGAUUGGCUGGAGAGGGUCAGAGUUGGGGAAUUUUUCACUACCUGGUUAUUACAGAGUUUUAUGGAGGUAAACUAAUGUCUUAACCGAAGUUAAGGGAUGCAAUGUCCUGGUAGUAGCUGUAUGGCUGCUUGAGAAUAGUUAAGAUAGAGUAUCUCUUGGAAGGGUUUCUGUCUCUGUGUUGGGGGCAGAUUUACUGUUAAAGGCACAGUACAGUCAACAAUGUCAUUUUCCUGUGUUUUAUAUAUAUUUCCACACUAUGCGGUUGGAAUAAUACUGUGAAAUUGUGAGAAUGAUGAUCGUGCCCUUUUCGUGUAAGAGCUGUUUGAAAAGGACGCCUGAAAUUUUUGCUUGUUUUGGUGGGGUGGAGUUUUGGCCUGCCUGGUGACAUCACCAGCUAAUAGACCAAUAAGAAAGAGUUCCAAAGCUCUUUGUCAAUAACAGCUAGUUUUCAGUUUUCCCCUCUCUACUUCAGACAGUCCUAGCAAAAUUUGAGACCGUUUUAAUUGAAAUGAAUAUUCAAUUGUUACCCAGAAAUGAUUUAAUUUUGAGAUAAAAAUGUCUACAUUGGACAUUUCUUAAGGUUUAGAAAUUGGAAUCCAGCCGCUACUUGGUGGUUAAAGAUACACAUGUCUGGACUCCUAUAAAUCCCACUCCAUAGAGAGCCAUUUCUAUAGAAGGUCAGAGACUCAAUCUGCAUCCCAAACCAAACCCUAUAUAGUGCCCUACUUUUCACAGAGCCCAAUGGGUCCUGGUCAAAAGUAUUUCACUAUAUAAUGAAUAGCAGGGUGUAGUUUGUUAUUUCCUCCUGGUAUUGGAGGGUUGCAAGGUCCACUGUUUUUACCUGUUAGUCAGAGAGCUGAUAACAUACCAACCCCACCAAUCACUUUCAUUGGUUGGUAAAUUACAUUCGACCAAUAAAGGCGUCCUCUGCCGCAUAAUAACUAGAGGUGAAUACCACACCAGACACUCGGUGGAAUCUAAGGGUUCUUUUUUUUAUGCCAAAGGACAUUGUUCUCACAUUUUAACUUUAUUUAUUGUGGAUUUCUUACUUUUUUUUGUUAUUAUUGCUGAGAAAGUAUGUAUUGUUUUAAUAUCAGAACCAUUAUUUUUGCACAAUGGCGUGAGCUGAACAACCGGAUUUUAGAAUCCCCCAAAUCCCUUUGCUUCAUUUUGGCCAAAUAUGAAUGUCCAGUGUGACCUGAUUGAGUGAUUUUUUUUUUUCAUUAGUUAUAUAAUUGACACCACUCACCUUCAGUACCAAGUCAUUCCACCAGAUGGCACUAGUGUAUUGCAUUUUAUGAGGGACAGUUGCAGCCAGUGUAAAUGGAUUGAGAGAGAGAGAUGAUUGUGGAUUUUGUAUUGAAGAUGACUGGUGAUAUUUUUUGUACUUGAAUUUUUUCUUAUAUUCUUUAACUAAUUAAUUCUUGAGGCUUCCAGACGGUCUGGAAACGUUUCUGUUUGACAAAUCUAGUGCAUAACUAUGAAAUCUUUAUUUGCCAAAUCAAACUUUAUUUGCCACGCGCUGAAUAAAACAAGUGUAGACUUUACCGUGAAAAGCUUACUUACAAGCCCUUAACCAACAGUGCAGUUCAAGAAGAAGAAAAUAUUUACCAAGCAGACUGAAAUAAAAAGUAAUAAUUAAAAGUAACACAGUAAGAAGAAUGAGGCUACAUACAGGGGGCACCGGUACUGUGUGCAGGGGUAUAGGCUAGUUGAGGUCAUCUGUACAUGUAGGUGGGAGCGAAGUGACUAUACAAAAAGUGCCUUGCGAAAGUAUUCGGCCCCCUUGAACUUUGCGACCUUUUGCCACAUUUCAGGCUUCAAACAUAAAGAUAUAAAACUGUAUUUUUUUUGUGAAGAAUCAACAACAAGUGGGACACAAUCAUGAAGUGGAACGACAUUUAUUGGAUAUUUCAAACUUUUUUAACAAAUCAAAAACUGAAAAAUUACAAAAGUAUUAACUUAAUGGGGCUGAAUAAUUUUGCACACCCAAUUUUUCAGUUUUUGA